CGAAUCUCGAUAUCUCUGCAACACAAUGCAAACUAAACUUCAUUUCCGCAUCAACAUGUCAUAGCAGAUCAUCACAGCUGUUGCGUUACGAAGACGAAGAAGCAACAGAUAUCGGAAUCAGAUCAUCAAAGACGGCUAAGAUCUCACACGUGUCCAAUUCCCAGAGCCAUGAUUGCUUCAUCAUAUGCAACCUCUCACCUAUAUAUACAUACAUCUCAUCUCAUCUCUUAACCAUUAUUAUACCUAUCUUCUUUACUUUCUUAUUCCCAAAAAAACCUUUAUUUUUCUUCUCAAUUUGUGUCACAUGGCUUCUUCACCACCCUCACUCAACCAGAAACAAGAGGAAGAAGCAGGUAUGCUUGGAGAGAAAUCCAUUUCACUUGAGGAGAACGUUCUGCAGAAGCAUGCUGCAUUCUUUGACAUAAACAAAGAUGGUGUCAUAUAUCCAUGGGAAACUUUUCAAGGAAUGCGUGAAAUUGGGAGUGGGAUUUUAUUGUCCAUUGGAGGUGCUAUUUUCAUCAAUGUGUUUCUCAGUCAGACUACUCGUCCGGGAAAGUUUCCAUCAUUACUUUUCCCAAUUGAAGUUGAAAAUAUCCAACGAGGCAAGCAUGGUAGUGACAGUGGAGUCUAUGAUACUCAAGGAAGGUUUGUUCCUCCAAAAUUUGAAGCAAUUUUCAGCAAGCAUGCACAUACAAAUCCAAAUUAUUUGACAUAUGAUGAGUUGAAGGAAAUGAUUAAGGCAAAUAGAGAGCCUAAGGAUUUAAAAGGAAGAAUUGGUAGUUUUGUGGAAUGGAGCAUACUUUACAAACUUGCUAAAGAUAAGAAUGGUUUGCUGCAAAAAGAUACAAUCAGAGGUGUUUACGAUGGAAGCCUGUUUGAACAGCUGAAAAACCAACACUCUUCAGCCAAAAAGAAGUAAAAAAUCUCAGACAGUUUAACUUCUAUGAUGGAAGCUUGUUUGAACAUUCAAAGUGUAUGCUUAUUUUUAUGUCCAUCGUUGUUGUAUUUGCCAAGUCAAAGCUCUGUGUCAUCAUUUGGAAUUUACCUAAAAAGUUUGUACAAACAGAAACAAGAAGACAUCAUAUCAAGGAAAAAGUUUUUUUUAACAAUUUUUAUUUUACAAUUUUUUGAUAACGA